AUGCGCUCCUUUCUCAUUUCACCUCUGAUCGCCUUGUCUUUCGCUGCCUCUGUCUUUGCUGCUCCGCCGAUUCAGAACGAUGCCCCCGCUCUUCCGCCGCCGAACUUCGCUCGUGACGCCGCCCUAAACGUAGCGAGAGAUGCGCCCGAUGCUCCAGCCUCACCUGCAAAAGAUCCUGAGGUAAAGGGCGAAACAAAUAAGGAUCCCGUCACCGACGGUGCAGACUCUGGUCCCAAAGGCACUGUCUUCAACGGUGUCAAUGUCCCUCCGAUCACCGAAUUGAGUGGAACCACCCUCGACCAGGACAUCUCCAAGGGCACCUGGCUCGUCGAGUUCUUCUCUCCAUACUGCCACCACUGCAAGUCCUUUGCCCCGACAUGGCAGACCCUCCAUGAAUUUUACUACACCUCCGACCCUCUACCCGCUUCCAAGGACUCGCCCGACUCUCUCAACUCCUUUACUCGCUUCUACGAUUUCAAGUUCGCCAAGCUCGACUGUGUUGCCUUUGGUUCUGCCUGCUCGGAUAAGAAUAUCAACUCGUUCCCCACUGUUGUACAAUUCAAGGAUGGCAAAGAGGUGGAUCGUAAGGUUGGUGCCUUGCCCAUGAAAGAUGAGGUCAAGUGGAUAGAAACUAUGCUCGAGGCCAUCAAACCUGGCUCAAGACAAAAGGACGGUCCCAAGCUUCCUAAAGUCGGAGCCACCUCUUCGCCAGAUUUCAAGGGUGCUGCCGUCAUCGGUCCUGCCAAGGAAGCUGAUGCUAUCGCUGAAGCUACCAAGUCUACUACUUUCUCAACCUCGACCAAAUCUCUGCUCAAGGCCACCAAGAUUGCAAAGGAAACUGCCAACCCUGCUGGAACUUCCGUCCCUCUGACUGCCGAAACCUUCCAGCAAAAGGUCACGACCACCCACGAUCCCUGGUUUAUCAAGUUCUACGCACCCUGGUGUCAUCACUGCCAAGCCAUGGCCCCUAGCUGGCACGCCAUGGCUCGCGACAUGAAGAACAAGUUGAACAUUGGCGAGGUCAAUUGUGAGGUUGAGCGUCGCCUCUGUAAGGAUGUCAAUGUCAAGGGUUAUCCCACUUUGAUUUACUUCCAGGCCGGUGAGCGAAUUGAGUAUGAAGGACUUCGUGGUCUCGGAGACCUUAUCAGCUAUGCAAACAAGGCUGUCUCGGCUGGUGACGGUGUAGUUGAUGUCGAUGCUGCUGCUUUCGAGGCCCUCGAGAAGGAAGAGGAGGUCAUUUUCCUCUACUUUUAUGACCACGCAACCACCAGCGAGGACUUCCAAGCUCUCGAGCGAUUGUUGCUGAGUCUGAUCGGUCACGCCAAGCUGGUCAAGACCAAAGAUCCCGCUCUUUCUGCGAGAUACAAGAUUUCCACCUGGCCUCGAUUGAUAGUGUCUAGGGAUGGUAAACCCACUUACUACACGCCCUUGUCUCCUAGAGACAUGCGCGACUUCCGCAAGGUCCUCGGAUGGAUGCAAGCCAAUUGGCUGCCCAUUGUGCCUGAGCUGACAUCUUCAAACGCUCGCGAUAUUAUGGAUCACAGACUCGUUGUGUUGGCUAUCUUGAGCCGCGAGCGUAAGGAAGACUUCGUUAUCGCAAAGCGUGAACUCAAGAGCGCUGCCCUGGAGUGGAUCGACAAGGAGAUCCAGGCCUUCCAAUUAGAAAGACAAGAGCUUCGCGAUGCCAAGCAGCUGCGUAUCGAAGAGGCCGAGGACCGCAACGAUCAGCGUGGACUGCGGGCAGCCAAGCAAAUCAGAAUUGACAUGAACGAGAUCGACCGAAAAGAAGUCGGAUUCGCUUGGGUUGAUGGUGUGUUCUGGGAGCGUUGGCUCAAGACAACAUUCGGAAUUGAUGUCAAGGAUGGAGAGAAGGUUGUCAUCAACGACGAAGAUAACCAACGUUACUGGGAUCUUACAUCGACUGGCAACCCAAUCGUGCCGUCUCGAGUGUCAAUUCUUGAGACACUACCUAAAGUAGUUGCAUCCCCGCCAAAGAUUAGCCCUAAGCAUAAGAACUCGUUCUUUGGGCAUCUGAUUUGGACAGUGCGCAGCGGCAUGUCUGCUCACCCGUUGAUAACAUUGGGGCUGAUAAUCGGCAUGCUUGUUGGAUUCAGCAUCUGGGGCAGAGGACUGAUUAGAAGAGGAAAGGCGUUUGGUAACACGGGGUCUUUCUUCACAGUGGGAGGCAACGAGAAGGACGGACUAUUAGGUGGAGCAGCGACUGGAGGCAAGGUGGAUUGA